UUCCAUUCCCACACAGCAAUCAAUCAACCAGCCGCGCUCUCCACUCCCCGUCCCCCCUCUCUCCGACCGCCCACCUCCGUUCGCAUGGCCACCGAGGUCCUCCGCCCGCACAACAUCCUGCAGCCGCAGAGGAUCCGCGCCGCGCACCGGAGGCCCAGCAACCCCAGCACGGCCAGGAGGUCUCCUCCUCCAUCGGCCGGAACGGCCUCCGCGACCGGCCGGAGACACCAUGGCCGGCCUUCCUCCUCCUCUUCUUCCUCGCACGGGAAGGUGACGCACGCGGCCGCUCCGGCGAGGCGCCCCGCGGUGGAAGUGUACGCCGGCCCGGCCUUCUCCGCCGCGUCCCCCGAGCCGAGCUCGCUGCCGCUGCCGCAGUUCCCGCUCCAGAAGCCCGCGGCCGCCGUCAACGACGCCGCCACGCGCGACCUCAGGCGCAUGCUGCGCCUCGAGUAGCCGGCGAGCUAGUCUCCCAGUGGACACGAGCUGUGUCUUAGUUUAGUUCUGGCAGCAGUCGUCGUUGAGCGGUGCGGCCGCGCGCGCCGAGGCCUCCGGCUCGGUUUUAUUGUGUGGCCGGCGGCAAGGCGCGCGGGUGCCGUGGGCGCCGACGGCGGCGGUCCGGAAUGAGCGCAGCCAGCAAUGUGGCCAUCGAUCGACCGGCGUGGUGUAAAUUACAAGCAGAAUCCCAAGUCCAAGAGUACCUACGGAUAUGUACGACAUACUAGUUGAUCCCCUUUGCCUCUAGUUAGCACGCUGCAGCCUGCAGGUGCCAAAUGGCCAACGUUAGGCUAAAUUUGAUUCAUCUUCAUGUUGAUUAAAAAGGUUUACGUGUUCGAAUCAUUAUGCUUUGAAUCAGUCACAUCGAGGAUAAAUGUUGAUUUCAAUUAUUCA